AUGGUAUGCGAGCUCACCCCGCUCUACACCUAUCCCAGCACAUGCUCCCCGACCUUGGAGGAAUGUGGCAUGCCUGACACGUCCCAGAGCUCCGAAGCAAGACUCUACACCUUCUCGCAAGAGACCAAGGACCACCUGCGCAAGUUCCGCCUGGGGACCUCGAGGUCCAACGACCCGCAAGCCGUGAUUUACACGAUCGAUAAGAAGACGCACGAGAUCAAGCAGGACGAAGACAAGGUCGUCUACAAGACUCUCGAGGAGAUCGGCGACGACCUGCCGGACCACUCGCCGCGCUUCGUGCUGCUGAGCUACCCCCUGACGCUGCCGUCCGGCCGCCUCUCCGUCCCCUACGUCAUGCUGUACUACCUCCCGAUCACGGCCAACAACGAGCUGCGCAUGCUGUAUGCCGGCGCCAAGGAGCUGAUGCGCAACACGAGCGAGGUCGGCAGGGUUAUCGACCUAGAGAGCGCCGAGGAUUUGGAGGAACUCCCCAAGAAGUUGGGAUCUUCGGAAUAG